AUGGCGCUGCGGCCGGGAAUGACGCUGACGGUCCGAAAUGUGAAUGGGUUGACGCUGCGGUCCGAAAACAGCCCUGUGGCUGUGAUCGUCGUUUUGAAUUUUCACCUUUUGCAGAAUCUUUUUUUACAUACCAUACGUGUGGAUGUCGAUAUAGUUGAUCUGUUCGAUUUCGCAGAAAAGAGCCGUCGGAAUUGGAUUGAAGGCAAUCAAUUAUUCAAGAACAAUCAUGUUCUAAUCGCAGGAGCGACAAAAAUAAAAGGCAGCCAAAUACAUAUUUUCUGUAGCUGUCUUCGGGGAUCUAAUCCGUCUGAACCACCAAGGCAAGUGAACAUUGUGACAUCAACAAAUUUCAAGGAUUGGCAGAUACACUGUUCAUGCCCUGCAGGAAAUCAUCACUGCAAACACAAAUUUGCAUGUCUCUUGUACAUUCACACAACCAAAGAGCUAGAAGUGUUAUCGGCUACCGACAUACGACAGCAAUGGGGUAAAGUUGCCAAGGUACAAUCAGAAACGAUGUACUCGCCAGUACCACUUUCCGGAUUGUGCAAUCAGAGAUCUAAGCCUGCCGGGGCGAACAUAUCCGAUGACUUAUGUAAUAGCAUACUGCAACUUUUCAUAACAGAGCUGCCAGCAAGUGCCCUUGCAAAGUCAUUUAAAGGAAGAAACGUACUAGCUAGAAAUGAUCAGCAAGAUGAGGAGUUGGUUCAACACGUUGUACCGGCAGAAGGCACAGGCAAGGAUAUUAGUCAUAUACCUCUACCCUCGUGGAACUCCCAGCGGCCACCGCAAAAGUCGACUAAAGAAAAUAAUUCAGAGGAGAAGGAUCACGUGGCGCCACUGUUCCACGACGGUCCCCAAUACAUGUGGUGA